CAGUCGUUUUCUCUUCUUCCUCUAGUUCCGGCGAGAAAAAACCCCUUUUCGGAUUUCAUUUCAUUGAUAAACGCAAAUCAUCAUCACUCUCGUGAGGAGGAAGAAGAAGAAGACGAUGGGAACUAUGGGGAGAGCACUCUACAGCGUAGGAUUCUGGAUCCGGGAAACCGGUCAAGCACUUGAUCGGCUCGGUUGUCGUCUCCAAGGGAAAAAUCACUUCCGAGAACAGCUAUCGAGGCACCGCACGCUGAUGAAUGUUUUUGACAAAGCCCCUAGUGUGGAUAAGCAGGCUUUCGUGGCUCCUAGCGCUUCUAUCACUGGUGAUGUCCAUGUGGGACGAGGUUCUUCCAUUUGGUAUGGAUGUGUCUUGAGAGGAGAUGCUAACAGCAUCACUGUCGGAGCUGGGACGAAUAUCCAGGAUAACUCUCUUGUCCACGUUGCUAAGUCCAACUUAAGCGGGAAGGUGUUACCUACUGUCAUUGGAGACAAUGUCACGAUUGGUCAUAGUGCUGUUUUACAUGGCUGCACUGUCGAGGACGAGGCCUAUAUUGGUACAAGUGCAACCGUGUUGGAUGGAGCUCAUGUUGAAAAGCAAGCCAUGGUUGCUUCAGGAGCUCUUGUCAGGCAAAACACUAGAAUUCCCUCCGGCGAGGUUUGGGGAGGGAAUCCAGCUAGAUUUCUGAGGAAGGUGACAGAAGAAGAAAGGGCCUUCUUCUCAAGUUCAGCUGUGGAUUACUCCAACUUAGCUCAAGUUCACGCCGCAGAAAACACAAAGAACUUGGACGAGACUGAUUUCAAGAAGCUUCUUCACAAGAAGAACUCUCGCGAUGCAGAAUAUGACUCACAACUCAAUGAUCUCGCUCUCUCUGAGAAUGUACCAAAAGCAGCGUGAGGCGCUUAACUUGUGCCGCCUUGAGAAUCUUUAUUUGUGUUCGAUUUGAAAGAAAAACAAAAACUUCAUUUCCUGCUUCCCCAAUAAAAUUUUCUUGAGCUAAGGUCCAGAGAUUGGCCAGCGCUUACUGGGAAAGUUUCCAGCUUUUAAGGCAUUCAUUUCUCUGUAAAAGAUUCUGAGGGGUUCUGUUCUCUUGUAACUUAAAAGAAAAAAGUUGUAACCUUUUCUUCUUAUUUCGUCUAAUAAAUUGUUGGAUCAGACAUCUCUCGUA